AUGAGGUGUCUUUCUUGGAAUUGUCGCGGACUUCGUAGACCCGCGGCGGAGCGAACCCUUCGGGGUUUGGUUCGUAAUAGUGAUGCAGAUUUACUCUUUUUGGCUGAGACUAAGGUGGAUGAGUUGCGAAUGGUCAAUGUGAUGAAUCGGCUGGGAUAUGAUCAUUGUGUUUGUAUUCCAUCGAUCGGUAUUGCUGGAGGGUUUCGUGUGGCAUGGAAAAGGGGAAUACAAUGUCAUAUGUUGGAAGAAUUUGCUGAAGGACUUCAUCUAUCUAUUCACAUGGGAGAGAACUUCCCCGAUUGGAGUAUUUUUUGUGUUUAUGGGACCCCAUACUAUUCUCUAAAAGGUUCUUAUUGGAAGUGGUUAUCUGAGACGAAUUCGAGAAUUGCGGAAUCCCGAGUUCGAAAGAGCUUGGACAGGGCUAUUGCUGAUGCUCGAUGGUGUACUGAAUUCUCUAACGCUCGAGUAUCCAAGUUUCCCAUUACAGGAUCUGACCAUGCCCCAAUUCUUAUUAAUAUUUGGGGUGAUCAAACUAGAUUAAGAUAUCUGUUCCGUUUCCUUGAGGUGUGGACUUCCAGACCUGACUGUGAAGUGAUCAUCCAGAAUUCGUGGAGAAGAGCUGUUACAGGGGAAGUGGUUGCACAGCUUCAGAAGAAACUAAAAGGAACGGCUCAUGAUCUCAAAAAAUGGAAUCGUGAAGUCUUUGGAUUUUGUGAUAAACGAUUAAACGAACUUGCUGCUCAUUUACAGGCGAUUCAAUCGGCACCAAUUUCUCAGUACAAUGUUAAAAGAGAGGCGGAAAUUCAGCUUGACAUUAUUGACAUGGAGGCAAAAAUGGAUAGAAUAUGGAAAUAA